AUGGCUGCUGAGAAGUACGACGCCGACUGGGUGGUCAAGGUGGAUGAUGACGUGUACCUCUCAGUGGAGCGCCUGCUGCUGGCAAUGAAGCAGUGGGAUCGCAUGGAGGCGGGCUACGUCGGCUGCCUGAAGAAUGGCGCGGUGUGGACGGAGCCGGGAACGCGUUGGUACGAGCCCCAGCACCUGCUGCUGGGCAGCAACUACUACCUGCAUUCCUACGGGUCCAUCUACGCGCUGAGGGGGCGCGCUGUGGAGGACGUCAUCGUCCGCAACCUCGACAACCUCAGGCUCCUCGCCAACGAGGACACGAUGGUGGGCCUGUGGAUGCUGGCCCACGGCGUGAAGCUUUUUGAGGACAUGAGGCUCUGCUCCCCCACCUGCACGUGA